CACUUUACACCAGUCUCCAUAAAUCCCCCUGGAUAAGGGUCCUACAAAGUCUUCUCAUGCCUUGAAACAGAUGAAAGAAAGAAAAUUCAUAUUGACCCGAAUUAAUGGCUAGAUUUGCCAAAUAAUCUUGCCCUGGGGUUUCCACUGGCACUUGGAGCUCCUAUAAACUAAAUAGGGAUUUGUUCGGCCGUUGUUUGUCCGCCUCUCCCGGGUUGAUAGUAUCGGCUUUCCACAAAAAUGGCUGUUUGGAAAGAGGGGGCGCUCUAGGAUUGGCGCCUGCGCAGGUUCGUCGCCUGCCGCAAUCAUCAGUACCGUGGCAGGGCAGAAAGAGGCUGGAUGGUAAACAGGAAGUGGACGCUUACAGCUCGGGGGUGCCCUCAGACAACAUCUGGGGAAAAUGACCCAUUGGUUUCAUAGGAACCCAUUAAAAGCCACAGCUCCUGUCUCUUUUAACUACUAUGGUAUGGCUGCAGGUCCUGCUGCUUCAAAAAUUUGCAAUGAUUUGAGAACAUCCAGGGCACGAUUGCUUGAACUGUUCACUGAUUUGAGCUGUAAUCCAGAAAUGAUGAAGAAUGCAGCAGAUUCAUAUUUUUCACUUUUACAAGGGUUCAUAAAUUCAUUGGAUGAAUCUACCCAAGAAAGCAAGUUACGAUAUAUUCAGAAUUUCAAAUGGACUGAUACAUUACUAGGACAGAUUCCAAGUUCCCAGCAGGAUGCUGUUUUUGAAUUAAUUUCCAUGGGAUUUAAUGUUGCUUUGUGGUAUACCAAAUAUGCUUCAAGACUGGCUGGAAAAGAAAACAUAACAGAAGAUGAAGCAAAAGAAGUCCAUCGAAGCUUAAAGAUUGCAGCUGGGAUUUUUAAACAUUUAAAGGAAAGUCAUAUCCCCAAACUUAUUACACCUGCAGAAAAGGGAAGGGAUUUAGAGGCACGGCUCAUAGAAGCUUAUAUCAUCCAGUGUCAGGCUGAAGCUCAAGAAGUAACAAUUGCUCGAGCAAUUGAACUAAAACAUGCUCCUGGACUAAUUGCUGCACUGGCAUAUGAAACAGCCAAUUUCUAUCAAAAAGCUGAUCAUACUUUAUCCAGUUUGGAGCCUGCAUACUCUGUGAAAUGGAGAAAAUAUCUUCAUUUGAAAAUGUGUUUCUACACAGCUUAUGCUUACUGUUACCAUGGUCAGACUUUGUUGGCCAGUGAUAAAUGUGGUGAAGCAAUCAGGUCUCUCCAAGAAGCAGAAAAAUUUUAUGCAAAGGCAGAAGCAUUAUGCAAAGAAUAUGGAGAAACCAAAGGACCUGGACCAAGUGUCAAACCUUCAGGACACUUGUUCUUUAGGAAACUUGGAAGUCUUGUAAAGAAUACCCUAGAAAAAUGUCAACGAGAAAAUGGAUUUAUUUACUUUCAAAAAAUUCCAACAGAGGCUCCACAGCUGGAACUCAAAGCGAAUUAUGGUCUUGUAGAGCCUGUGCCUUUUGAAUUUCCUCCUAUAAGUGCACACUGGACACCAGAAACACUGGCUGCAUUUGAUCUCACCAAGAGACCCAAGGAUGACAGUACCAAACCCAAACCAGAAGAAGAAGUAAAACCUGUGAAAGAACCAGAUAUCAAACCUCAAAAGGACACUGGGUGCUACAUUUCCUAAAAUACAUUGAUAAAAUGUACACUUUGAAUUUCUGUACUACUAGAUAAGAUAAACCAUGGAACUUCAGAUUUCUUAAAAUGAUUUCUUUGAAGACUAUAAAAUAAUCUAUUAUAUUCAGAGGGAAUCUGCUUUCAGUUUAUCUGCUCUUGACUUUUAAUACAGUAGAGGUGUUUCAUGCUUUGUUUCCAGGCUCUCCUUUUUAAUUGGGACACCAUUCUAAAGAUUUUAUUGUGCCUCUAAAGGGUGUAUUUGGGGGCUGGGUCUUUUUUGAACUCUGCAUAGUUUCAGGUUAAAUUUUAGGUCAGAAUCAUGUAGUUUCAGAUAUGUUUUUCUAUCUUCACAAAAAAGUUUAUUUUCCUUCCUCUUAUUUGAUACUAGAAGAAUGACAGGAAUAGGUUUUUAACAGAGUGGUUUUUUCCCCUCAUCAUUAUGUUAAUUGUAGCACAGACUUGUUAUGUUUUGGGUCAUUUAUUUUUCUGUUGGAAAGAAGUCGCUUGUGGUAAAUGAUCAGAAAAUCACUCAAACCAAAUCCCUUACAUAUAAUAGAAUGUAUGAUUUACUGGAAAAUCAGCAUUUGUAGGUAUGUUGAAACCAUAUAAGGGCUUAUUCCUAUUCUUGUAGCCCUUUGCUUCAUUUCAGUCUCAAUAAACCUCCUAUGAAUUUUACAAGUACCUUUUUUAAUAAGGUUUUUACUUAGAGGACAGAACUUUGUAACAGCUCUUAGUGUUUCUAUAUGAGGGAAGUCAAGAUAAAAAAGUUUUUUGAAGAUGUCAAAUACUGCAUGAUGGAAAGAAAAAACUUUAAACUUAAGUGAGUUAUGUUGUUCUGAAUGGUAGCUCUCUACUUUUAAAAGAAGUUAGAGUAAAAUGCUUUUGUUACCUAAUUUACCCAUACAUUGUUUUUAUAUAGUUUUCUAACAUAAAUAUCCUGUCAGGAUUGUAUUGCUUUAGGCCAAAGGCCGUAGCAAAGACUUAGUGAACAAACAUAGAUACAGAUCAUCUUUAAAAUAGAUUGUAAUGUUUAAAACACAAUUAGUUGAGUAUAUACGCAUACUUAAAUAGUAGACACAUAAUACUUAAACAAAAGUCACACAUCUGUAGGUAUAUCUUCUUUUGAUCUCUGGGGGCUGUAGCCAGUUUUCCUAUUAUAAGUGAGACACAUGUUCACUUAAUAUAAUUAAAAUAGUAGUGUAUGUCUGUUGAGGUGUUGAGGUGUAUGUUUGUACUAGGUGUUGUGCUGAAUGUUUAUGUAGAUAAAUCCAGAAUCUGCACAGCAACUCUUUGAAAAAUAAGUACCGUUAUCCUGAGUAAAAUCUGCAUAAAGUAUUGAUAUCAGAAUAUUCACUUCAUAAUAAAGAAUAGAUUAAUAGAUUAUACCUAUCUGAAUCAAUAUUGUGUUCAAAUAAAUCAUUAUUGAAACCACAUAUCUUGGUUUACACUCCUUAGGCUACAUAGAAUCAGUGAAGUUUUAUUUUAAAAUAUGGAAAUGCUGAUUUCUCCGUACAAGUCACUUUUUAAAUCUGAAACUGCAUUUUCCAGAAUAAGUGGAAUAAUAACAGAAAUUUAGUUUAUUUGACAUCUAUAGAAAAUAAUGUCUUAUUCAAUUUCACUGUAUUUUGUGUAGUCCUUAUUUAAUAAAAUAAUUGAUCCGUCUGCUGUAUGCCAUUUACUGCAAAACUUUAAACAAUAUUUGAUGCCAGCUUAUUGCUCUACCUAUAGAACACAUUUAUCUUAAGUUACUAGUUCUUAUUAACCUGGUUACUAAAUUUUUACAAUUGACAUUUUGUGUAUUACAAUAGCACAUAUGAAAGGGAAACAAUGUUCAUUGCUUCUGUAAAUCUCAGUAAAUACUGGUAUUACUUUAAUGAUUGGCAGUUCUGACAUGGGCAGAUAAUAAAUAGCCUGUUGACUAGCCAGGGUGACACUAUUUGAUUAAAAUAUCCCAUUAUAUAAUAGUCUUUGAAAUGGCAUUGGAAAUUUUGAGGACUUAACAAAUGUAAAGAAGGUGCAUGAAGGUUAUAGUAUAGAGAGAUGUAACUAUUUCUGCUAACUGUUGUAUACAUUUAAUAAUGAGUUAUCUUUUUAUUUAUGAAAAUAAAUAAUUUUACUUAAAA